AUGUUGCCCUCGGAACUAGUUUUGGCCAUUGUGGAAACGAUAUCUGAACAGGACCCACUGUUUCGCUCAACGCUACUCGCCCUGACUCGCGCAUUUCCAGGCCUCCCCGCCAACCAUCUAUUAUUCCAACGGAUUGAACUAGACCAUGCUGAACAAGUUGUUCACCUCACACGUCGCCUCGUCCAGUCUGACUGGCGCGAUAUCGUUAACUACACCCGCGAAUUCAAAUGGCACGGCUGGAUGGUUGACGCCGACCUUAUCGUCAAUAUACUGGCUAAAUUUCCCAUGUUACGGUCGUUGGACCUCUGGAUCGGCACCCAUUUCUCGCCAGAACAUUUGACCGACAUAUUCCAGAAACCGAGACCAGGACUAGAGUAUCUGUCUCUCAGGUUUCGGCCUUAUGUGCAAAAGGCCAACUAUCUUCCUUUUCUCAAGGGUUCAUUUUUUGACUCUACACUCCUUUGUCUGGCGAAAUGGCCGCAUACGACCCUUCCGACACUCUCCAUUGUGCAGGAUGCCAUCCCAGAAAGCGACACACCCACUAAAUUCGCGCAACCGAUUGUCUUUCAUACGCUUGACUCAAGCCUUCCAAUUUUCUCUCAAUCUGCCGUUCUAUCGAACUUAACAUCCCUACGCUUUUGUCUCCCGGCACGACCGAUGGCGAUACCGCUCACUAAUUCGCCUAGAUCCCUGCCUUCUCUAGAAAUGCUCGACCUUUCGACAUGCACAGUGUUUGGCGCGGAACUGACGGACACAUUGCUUGUUAACCUCUCUCGUCUUAAACACGUAAUUCUCGACAAUGGCGCGCUACUCAGGGGAGAGUUUCACGCCGACGACUGGGCAGUUCUAGGUAAGGGCUGUGCUCUCGCAGGAGUCAAACGAGCCCGCGAUCGCGAACGAAAGCUCAAACAGGCCAGGCUGGCAGCAACUGUCGAAACAGCACCACGUCAACCCCGUGCUGCCAAAGCUGGCCGCAAGGGUCUGAGCACGGCCAAGAUAUCUCUUCGUCCUUCGCCUCCAAGAGAAGAUGCCACCCCCCACGUGUCUUCCACCCUUUCACCCUUACUACUAGCUAGGAUACGUGUCUGGCCGGCUGUCCCAAGCCUUCGUUCGUUUGCAACAACAUUGGCCCCUUCGGUAUCUCCAACGAAACACGCAGAGAUCAGGGAAAAUUUUAGCCGUGGCUGGCGAGAGGGACUUGCGCAACUGAUUCAGACCCGCAGUCGUCUAUAUCAAGCCUAUCGUAUGGGGUCUGCAACUGUUAUGCGGUUUGCACAGGAACCGUUGGGGUCCUCAGACCAAGACAACGAGCUCAAUGGCUUGGUUGAAGUCAUAGAAUGGGACGAAAAUGUGGAAGAAAUGGGCGUUCCCGUGUUAUGUUUCGCUGGAAGACACAACGCGGCGGCUCAUGAAGCCGGUUGCGCGCACUCAUUCGCUUGGGAGGCGUGGAAGGAGUGA